GUGGCAGUAUGUAAAAACAGCAGAGGAAGUGGGACAGUAGAAGAAGGUAGAAGUAAACAUGGCACAGGAGAAGAGCGUGGCGGUUUCAGACUUCCUUAGUAAAGCAGAGUUAAUAAAACAAGGAGCAGAAGCCCGGGUGUACCGUUCAGAGUUUCUGGGAAAAUCGGCGAUAGUCAAAGAAAGGUUCCCGAAACGCUACCGACACCCGGUCCUGGACGAGAGACUGACACACCGCAGGACGGUUCAAGAGGUCCGCGCUAUACUGCGCUGCCGGAGAGCAGGCAUAUCUACACCUGUAGUCUACUUUGUGGACUACACCUCCCACUGUAUUUUCUUGGAGGAAAUUAUGGGUUCCUUGACUGUGCGUGACCACAUUGCAUCCAUUCAGCAGUCUGAUUCAUGUAAGGAGCAGGAGCUGGAGCAUCUGGCUGAGUGUGUGGGCCAUAUUCUUGCCAAAAUGCAUGAUGAGGAUGUCAUCCACGGAGACCUGACCACCUCCAACAUGCUGCUGAGACAUGGCCUGGAGGAUGGAGAGUCCAGCCUUGUCCUCAUCGACUUUGGCCUGAGUUACAUCUCUGCUUUGCCGGAGGAUAAGGGGGUGGACUUGUACGUGUUGGAGAAGGCUUUCCUCAGUACCCAUCCCAACACAGAGACACUGUUUGAUAAACUGCUGAAAAGCUAUAGAGCAUCAUCCAAGAAGUCAUCAGCAGUCAUUAAAAAGCUUGAUGAGGUGCGGUUGAGAGGGAGAAAGAGGUCCAUGGUGGGAUAAUGAUUUAAGCUGUGUACCAGGGCUUGCCUUUCUGAGAACAUGCUAAAAUUAGGAUGUUGCUAUUGUGCACAGAAGGCUUUUAUUUUAAAGCAACAUUAAAUUAAAAUAAUGUUUUGUAAUAAAAAUAGACAAGGUUUUCCUUUUGUGGUAGAUAUAUACAUUUUGAUAUAAUAAAAAAAGAUGGAUCAAAACAUAAGACUCCAACACACAACAGGGAUGUCUACAUAUGAAAUCGUCUUUAUUAAUUUACGCACAUACACACCUUAACUCUUGAAGAAGAGAUGGAUAUUGUAAUAAUGUUGGCAGAUUUUGGAGCAGCUUAUCUGCCAAUGUCCACAUCUAUAAAAUGUCACACAAAGUCAGACUACUUGUUCAUUACAUGCACUUCCUCGUGUCCAGUAUUACAGUGUACUGCUAAUGUACUGUUAAUUUGACUGUUGCCCCCCUUUUCCUUACUACAGAAAAAGACAUUACAGGAAAUAUGGCUUUGGUGCUUUACAGACCAUAAGACCUCUCGUUGUCCACAACAAAUUAAACUGAAAUGUCGAAAUUG